GAUCUUUCGGUAUCUGUCCCUCUGUCUAAUUUUGGUCGUUACUCGAAGGGAAAUUUUAAUAAUUGUAUUUUCUCAUGUAUUUUAUAAUGGACACAUAAAGCAGUCUUUCUCAGAUUGCUAGCCGAGUCAGAAAAUCAAGUUCGUCGAGAAUAACUGCCGAAAUGACAAACGUCGCGGAUAAAUAUCGAUGCGAGAACUGCUUGGAACUUCAGCGCUCGCUUGUCAAGACUUUAGGAGAGAAACGGUCGCUGCUUUUAAGAUUACAAAAAGAGCAGGCACGAAUAAGAAAACUCUUAAGAGAAGCGGAAAAAUCGAGGAAAAGAGAUGAAGAGGAGCAGUCACUUCCAAGGGACAUUUCAAGACCUGCCGGUGAAGGUGGCGGAGAAUGUUUAGAGUGGCAACUGAAUGAGGUUAUGGAGGUCAACAAAAAGUGGAAAGAAGAUUAUGACACUCUAAAGAUAAAACAUGAAACUGAAUGUCAACUUCUUCAGGAAGAACUGGACUUAACUAAGGAAAAGCUUGCAGAUUCAGAAACACAAGUACUUGCCCUAGGAUCUGAGGUUACUAGGCUUGCGACCACACUGAACGAGCUGUACCAAAGACAUGGUGAUUCUACAAGCAGCUCAUCAUUAUUAGAUGUGGAUGAUUAUGAAGUAUUUAAACAACAGAUACAAGUGUACAAGGAAGAUUUCUCAAUUGAGAGGAGAGACCGUGAACGAGCACAAAGUGAGAAAGAUUACCUUCAACAGCAGCUUGCUGAUGCUCAAGAGGUCAUUGCUACUUUGACACAAGAGGUUGAGAUUUACAAGAGUCAAUUAAAUGAGAGNAUAGCCGAGGGCGACUCUUACGCUUCUUUCGCCAACAAAGGUGUCACCACGUCAGGAGGAUCAGUCAAGAUUCCCAGUCUAAACCUCACAGCAUAA